AUGGCUCUUGCAAGGUGGGUACUGUUCCCCAUUUUUGUGAAGUUACUCCAGGCUGCCUGCUCGGAUGUGCUGGUAAUUCAGGCCGGGCUCAGGCCCCUCCAGGUCAGGAAGGCGGCGGACAGCCAGGUGCGGCGGGCAGAGCAGGGCAGCCCCGCGCAGCGCCCCCUGGGCCUAGGGCUGGCGGGCGGCGGGGACGCGCGCGGGCCAGCGGGGGCGCGCGACGCUAGGCCUGCGUGCCCGGUGGCGGCGGCAAAUCCGCCGUCGGCCAAACGGCCGCUGAGGAACUCGUCGCCGCGGGCCCAAGAGGUGGCCCCCGGGAAGCCACCUCCGGAGCUGGCGCUGCUCCCUCCGCCGCCGCCUCCGCCGCCGACUCCGGCGACCCCGACGUCCUCUGUGCCCACGCUGGACCUAGGCGAGCAACGGGAGCGCUGGGAGCUGUUCCAGAAGCGGCAGAAGCUGACCUCCGAGGGCGCCGCCAAGCUCCUGCUGGACACCUUUGAAUACCAGGGCCUGGUGAAGCACACAGGAGGCUGCCACUGCGGGGCGGUUCGCUUUGAAGUUUGGGCCUCAGCAGACCUGCACAUUUUUGACUGCAACUGCAGCAUUUGCAAGAAGAAGCAGAAUAGACACUUCAUCGUUCCAGCCUCUCGCUUCAAGCUCCUGAAGGGAGCCGAGAAUAUAACCACUUACACAUUCAACACGCACAAAGCCCAGCACACCUUUUGCAAGAGAUGCGGUGUUCAGAGCUUCUAUACUCCCCGCUCAAACCCCGGAGGCUUUGGAAUCGCCCCCCACUGCCUGGAUGAGGGCACCGUGAGGAGCAUAGUCACUGAGGAGUUCAACGGCAGCGACUGGGAGAAGGCCAUGAAGGAGCACAAGACUAUCAAGAACAUGUCUAAGGAGUGAACUCCUUCCUCUCCCUUCCUGAAGAGGAGGACUGAGUGGAGCCAGCAGCUGUGCUGUCCCUGCCAGACCUGGAUGGUGCUCCUGGAUGUGGCCGAGCCAGGCUGUGGGCUCCACAGCCAGCAGCCACCUUGAUCCCUAUAAUUUGCUCCAGCUCUCAGUUUCUUUAGGCAGCUCUUUGUCUCCCCUUAGCCCAGAUUUUUGAUGUAGGAUAGUUGACAUCCAUCCUUCUCUUCCCAACUUUUGUGUGAUCUUUUAGGACAAAAAAGAAUAAAUAUUUUUAACAUUAAAGCA